AUGUCGGGUGGUGCGCCGGGCGCAAAAAGGUUACUGUCCGGACCACUGUUGACCAUUUUCGUGGGCCCCGAAGGACGAUGCUGGUCGCUACAUCAGAAUCUACUGGCUCAUCAUGCGCCGCCGUUUUUUGACGAUUCGUUAGCCAUCAAUGGUGAUAACCAUCACAGGAGAAUGGUGAAGGACGGGAAACUAGAACUACGCGACGAAGAUCCCCAAGCUUUCGAAUUACUAGUCAAAUGGCUCUACCAGGGUAAAAUCGACGAUGUGUCUUGGAUGCCCAAGGAUAUUAAAUGGGACUAUGCGUUUCGGUGUCAGAAGUUAUAUCUGUUAUGCGAGCGCCUCGGGUUGCAAGAACUCAAGAACCAGGCGAUCGAUCAGUUUCGACGAGGAUGUCAUGAAGCCGGAUUGGUUCCGGGGCCCGAAGAAAUGAAGCCGAUUUAUGAAAAGACGUUACCGUCGUCUCCGUUUCGGAAACUGGUCAGCAAGAUUGCCGCGAGACAGAUUAUGGAUCCGGGGUCCGAGAGAGAUGCGUCGGCGUAUAGGGAUUGCUUUGCUGUUUCCCCAGAGUUUGCUGUCGAUGUCAUCAAUGCGAUCAAGGAUGGCGUGGGUGGCUCGCUGUUUGAUGAUCCCACCGAGGGGAAUUCUUGCAGGUACCAUGAGCACAGGGAUGGUGAGACUUGUUGUAAGACUGUCAAGUUUAAGGAGGAGCCAUCGUGA